UCCCAUUCUCGCGUGUAAGUUCCGAAGCCCCAAUUUUAUUUUAUUUUUUAAUUUUUUUAAAAUUAAAUAAAAAAAAACCUAAUAAGAAAAAGAAGAGAAAAAUAAUUAAAUAAAUUAAAAAUAAAAAAUAAAAUUAUAUAUAAAUAUAAAUAUAUUUACUAAAGAGAAAAAACCCAAACUGAGUCUGAGACUCUUUACAGAGUUAGAGAGAGAGAGUUUUAGAGAGAGAAACAUCAUUCUCCAGUACAUAUCCAGGAAAAUUUUCAAAACCCUCGAAUCAAAUUCCACUAUCGAAUUUUUCACUCGAGAGAUUGUUAUUAUUGUUAUUAUUAUUUGGUAUUUUUGUUUGAAUUUUAUUAAGCCAUUUUUGGGGGUUAUUCUCUCUUCUUCUUCUCUGAGGUUUUUUUUUUUUUUUUUUGGGGUUGUUGUUUCCAUGGAGAUAUAGAGAUCUCUCUUGUCCUUCUACAAUGCCCACUUUGUAGCGGACAAGGGUUUCGUUGGAUCAUAACUGGAACUGUGGUAUUCUUUGAAGUUUGGGGAUUUUUGUGAUAAUUAGGGUUUUGAUUGAACUGGGCUUGGUUGAAUAAUCAGCUUUAGAUUGGGGGAAGUGAGGUUUCGAUCUCCUUCAGUUGAGGGGUUCGACAGUGCAGUGUUUGAGCUUGUGAAAUUGAGGACAAACAUUGUUGUUGAUAAGAAUUGAAGAGAAUUGGAUAGGAGAGUGAUCAAAAGAGUUGGCUUGGAGGAGAAAAAAAAAGGGGGGGUUUUGAUGUUAUUCUUCUUCUUCUUCAAGGGGAUGAAUUUUGUAUUUGGUAUUGGUUAUAAGGAGGAGCUAAUGAUUAUGUAUUGGCCCAGAAAGCAGCAUCGAGGAUCAGGUUAUAACGGACCAUUUUGUUUCUGAGGAAACCCUUUUGGAUUUAACAUAGGUGAAUAGAGUCCUUGACUUGACCAGAGUAAAAAGCAUUUCAGUUUUUGUUUUUUAUCUGGGUUUGAAGCAUUGUUGAAGUAGUUCAUUGUAGUGCUGUAUUUGAUUUCAUCAAGUGGUUGCAUUUUUAAUUGGUGAAGUAAAAAUUACAGUGGUUUCUGCUGCUGCUUGUUGUGACAGUUUUUAGUUAGGGGGGGUUAACUGUGUGGUAGUUUGCAUCUGUUGAAGUGGUCGAGAGUGGUUAAUGGAGGAAUAUUAAUGCAGGAAAUGAAUGCGGGGACAUGGUGCAUGGACAGGAGCAUAGUUGUUGGUUCUUUCCCUUUUCGGAACAGUGUUACUGGAAAGUGAUAUCAACAUUUUCUUCUGUGGAAGGCAUUCGUGUUGUUUGUUGUGGGAUUCUGUGCAAUGUCGCGCUGUUUUCCGUUCCCGCCACCAGGAUAUGAAAGGAAGGCUAGGAACAAUGAAGUGGAUUUACUAGAAAAGGAGAAGCACCGAGAAAAAAAGCAUAAGAAGGAUAAAAAGGACAAAGAGAAGAGAGAAGGUAAGGAUAAAAAAGAGAAGGAUAGAAGUGAUGGGAAGCAUCGGGAUAAGAAAGACAAAAAGGAAAAACACAAAGACAAAGACAAGGACAAAAAAAGGGACAAGGAGAAAGACGGGGAGAAACCUAAAGACAAAACAAAGACGUCGGAUGACAAGAGAGUUUCGGGAAAGAGUGAGUCUCAUGGUGGAGAGAAAUUCAUUCAGAAAGAUGUCAGAGACAAAGAUAUUAGCGCUGAUAAAAAGCUCUCUACGAAAAUUGGAGACAAUAAUAAGGCAGAGAAGCUUACUAAGAAUAGUAAUGGGGAUGAUGAGUCUAAAGUGGUUCAGGAGUUUGCUAGGAGAACUAAAGAAGAGGCAACUGGAACUGGUAACAAAUUUGAAAGUUUCCCUGUUGCAGAUCGGAGAAAGGAUGAGGGGAUGGUCAGAUUUGUGGCGAAGGAUACAAGCACUUUGGCCGCAGGCAUGGUGGUUAAGAGAGGUGAAUUUAAAACAACAGAUGGGCAAGGAACCAGGGAUGUUACGAGACCUGGUGGAAAUGCAAUGGUUCAGAACACAACUGGAAUGGUACAAACUAAAUUUGAAUCCUUGCCCAGAUUGUUGGAUAAGAGUGGUGAUACGAAGAUGGAUGGUAAUGAGAAGACGAAAGACAAAGAAAGUGACGAUAAACGUGGGGUUAAGAGGAAGGACAAAGAUAGAGAGAAAAAGAGUCAUGGAAAGGAUAAGGACAGGGAUAAAGAGAAGAAAAAGGAAGAUAAGCAGAAAAGAAGGGAGGAGAAACAGAGGAAAAAGGAGGAGAAACAGAAGAGAAGAGAAGAAAAAGAGAAGAAAAAAGAGGAGAAAGCGAAGGAGAAAAUUCAACUUAAGACCACAGAGCUGGAUACCUUAAGAGAAAGCAACAAACAGAACCUCAAUAAUCAUACAAUCAAAACCGCUCAACUUCCCAAUGACAGCAACAACAACGGUGUUCCUGUUACCGGAACUCCAAAGAAGAGGAAGGAGAUUGAGACAAAUGGAGUUGCACAUGCCCAUGAUAAUUUGCCUGGUAAGUUGCCAAGGCCUGCAUCAUCAUCUUCUUAUUCAUCAAGGGAAAAUGGAAGAAUACUGGAACCGUGCCAAAUUUCUGCUGAUGUAACAGAUAGAAAGGGAGGGUCCAAUAAUCUCAAGAUGGAGAAUAAAGAUAAAUCAGAUAGAAAGGGAGCAUCCAAUAAUCUCAAGAUGGACAAUAAAGAUCGAAAGAUAAAUGGUGUUAUAGAAACUCAUCCCUUGUCUGUUUCCACGAUGAAACUCAAGUCUGCGAAAGCAGUAGCUGAUCCAAUUGCUGAAGCAUCAUCGGUUAGACCACCGGAUACAGAAGCUCGGCCAUCAUCUGUCUCUCAUAAUAUGAAGCUUAAGUCUGCAACAGCAGUUGCUGAUCCAAUUGCUGAAGCAUUGGUGAAACCGCUCCAUCCAGAAGCUCAGCAGUCGUUGUCUGCCUCUCCUAAGAAGCCCAAGUCUGCAACAGUAGCUGCUGAUCCAAUUUCCGAAACAUUGGCAAGACCACCCCAUACAGAAGCUAAGCCAUUGUCUGUCUCUCCCAUGAAGCCUAAGUCCACACCACCGCCACUACCACCACCACCAGCAGUUGAUCCAAUUGCUGAAGCGUUGGCAAGACCACCCCAUCCAGACUCGAAGUACAUUAGCCAGAUUUAUUCUGUACCGAACAGGGAAGAAUGGUCUGACCACAGUGACGAUGAAUGGCUGUUUGACAUUAAGACUUCCGAAACAACAAAGAAGGCAAAGUUGGAACCAUCAACUGUUGAGGAGACACCACAGGUGUGGUCGGAAGCUCAACAGAUAGAAUCAGCUGAUAUAUUAGCUCUGCCAUACGUUAUUCCUUAUUGAUUGGUUAUCGAAAGCGGCAUAUGCUUCCCAACCGAUCUGAUGUGGGCAACCAACCCUUAAAGGUAUACACGAAGCCCCUUGAGAUGAUGGGCUUUCUGAUUUGUUUCUACAUAUUCUUUUGUUAUAACACUCUGCAGUGAAAUUGAGCACAGUGUGAAUUGAGUGGUUGCUCUGAAAUUGGAAUUUCGGUUCUCAUGCCACCCCAUCAUACGAUAUAGCGUGCUGUGGCAUGGCGGCGGCUGGCUGGUGAUUCGGGGAUUUGGCGAGUGGUAUGGAACCACUAAAUUCAUUCAUAAAAGGAGAGGCAAGUGAGUGAGUGAAUGAGCUUUGUGGAAUUUUAAUUUUUCAUUUUGGUAGAGGUGAGCUGUUUCUAAUUGAUAUGAUGAGAGAAUAUAUAAAGAGAAAAACUAGAAGAUAUAAUGUGGUAAUUUGCAACUCCACCACAAUUUUGAUUUGUAACAUAGGACAGGACUCUCUUAAUUACCAGAAAUGUAAGAUAGAGGGAAAAAGAAGAUAAAAGAAGAAGAAAGUAGUCGCAUUCAUUCA